UUCUACCGGAAGCAGUAUACCAUCCGGGUACUUUUGGAAUACUACUCAUUUCAACAUACUACGAUUUAGGAUUGAGACAUACUAAUUCUUAUUUUCGAAUACUAUUUAGGGCGGAUAGUAUUGAAUUGGGACGCAGCAGCUCUCAUUGGCUUGUUACUUGACUCGCUUUCAAACUGGUCAGCAACAGCGAGAUUGCAAAAUGCCCCUGCAUUGGUCGAGGUACAAACGAGAAUGUCUGAACCAUGGCGUUACCCUACCAUGUUACUCUGUAUUUAUGGGUUCUUCUGCAGCCACAGACCUCUGGAACCAUUUCUAAUCUCGUUUUUAAUGGGACCUGAAAAAAACCUGACGGAAACAGAGGUUGUGAAUGAGAUCUACCCAAUCUGGACAUAUUCCUACCUUUUGCUGCUUUUUCCUGUUUUCCUGGCCACGGAUUACCUUCGCUACAAGCCUGUGCUCAUUGUCCAGGCGGCCAGCUUCAUAGUGACAUAUGCUCUGCUUCUGACGGCUCAGGGUGUGAGGGCCAUGCAGUUAUUGGAGUUCUUUUUCGGUCUGGCAACUGCCACUGAAGUUGCCUACUAUUCCUACAUCUACAGUGUCGUGGAGCCAUCUCAUUAUCAGAGAGUGACUGGUUUUUGUCGCAGUGUCACCCUGUUGGGUUCGGCCAUUGGCUCACUCAUCGGACAGAUUCUGGUGUCUGUAGCCCAGGUCCCUAUGUAUUACUUGAGCGUCAUCACACUGGUGUCCUCCUGCAUAGCCUUUGUUGCCCCUUGGUUCCUACCCAUGCCCAAUAAGAGCCUGUUCUUUCACCAGAGAGAGAGCAGCUCUCAGGAUCAUGGAGCUCUGGAACCCAUUAACAGUAGUCAGCUGAUUGAAAAGCCAGAGGAUCCAGAGUCCAAAAUGCAGCUUAGUGCAGACGAAAGAACAACUCUCAAGGACAAUCCUAGCAGUAGUGGAUUACUGGAAGUGUUUAAAAUGCUCUGGACAGACUUACUGCAAUGUUACUCCUCCUCCACACUACUGGCCUGGUCAGUGUGGUGGGCUUUAUCCACAUGUGGUUACCUCCUGGUGAUUAAUUACGCUCAAGCACUUUGGGAGAAAAUCUUGCCUUCCAAAGAGUUUGACAUCUACAAUGGAUAUGUGGAGACCAUUUCUACCUUGCUUGGUGCUUUUGCAGCGUUUGUUGUAAGCUUCAUGAAAGUGUCCUGGGCAGUGUGGGGAGAAUUUGCUCUCUGCAUCUUCUCUGUGGUAAUUGCAGUGUGUGUGUAUCUCAUGGACACCAUCAGGAAUAUUUGGGUUUGCUACACUUCCUACAUGCUCUUCAGAGCUACCUACAUGCUGCUUAUCACUAUAGCAACGUAUCAGAUUGCUGUUAACCUAAAUAUGAAACGCUAUGCUUUGGUUUUCGGAGUAAAUACUUUCAUCGCACUCUUACUGCAGACAGUUCUUACCGUGAUUGUAGUAGAUUCUGCUGGUCUAGGCCUGGAUAUUUUUCUACAGUUUCUGAUCUAUGCAAGUUACUUUGCUGUAAUAGCUGUGAUAUUCUUCAUCGCUUGGCUGUAUAAACUGUUCAAAAGGAGGGGAGCUGGAGGACAGAACGAAUUACCUUCAACAGAGACCAUUUCAGAGUCCUGAAAAACCGCACAUCAGCAUCUGUUAAGCACAAGUUUAUAAAAUAAUCUUCUGUUCAACUGAAUGAUCAUAGGUCAAAUGAUAACUACAUAUUAAGAAAAAGCAGGAUUUCCAAAUAAGUCACAGAUCCAGCAUUAAAGUUUAUAAGCAAGCACUGAUGAUUUUUAUAACGGAGUUCACAAGCAUGCACUAUAUCAAGUGGCCGUUGUGGGUCACAGAUUGUGUGGAACAAAAUGCACUUAUUAAAAUAACACCAUUAUGAUGCCUUGCCAAUAAAACAUCUGGAAGAAUCAAAAACAGCAGAGAAUGCACAUUCGCUCUCUGACAGCAGGUGGCGCUUAUGAAACAGCAAAGAUUCAGUUUAAAGCACUUUCAAACACUACUUAAUGUCUAUUAUUACCAUAGACUGUGAUUAUUACAAAGCUCUGAGGAAUAUUUGAUUUUUGAUAUUUGAUAACAGAUGGUAAAAGCUGAUAAACACAUGCUCAUCUGGGUAACUGAAGUCGGUACUAGGAACAGUUUUCCUUCAUGGAAGCUUUGUGUUUGGUUUGCUAAUAAAAUAUUAAAACUCAA